AUGUGGUGGUCGAACACGCUUCAGCACGAAUUGAGCCAGCUCGCGCUGGCCCUAUUCCACGUGUCGUCAGCAGUGUGGUCAUGCUACAAUGACAGUGACUGCUCCACUAGAUCUGGUAGCAUAUGCGUGGAGGGGUCUUGCGAGUGUCCUAUAGGACAGGAGCCGGGGAGGGGGGGGACUGUAUGCGUGAGUGUCGCGCCAUAUUACUCCUCGCCUUGUGUUGACACCAGUCAAUGCUCGAGGCUCUUCAGCAAUUUCGAGUGCCGGCAACGUGAAAGAGCAACAACCUCGAUUUGUGCCUGCACCCCCGGCAACCACUACUUCCUCGGCCGUUGUUGGAACACCAUCGGGUUCGGAGAGCCCUGUACGAGGGAUGAAGAGUGUCUAGCAACCCCUAGGGACCCUUAUAGCUUGGUGUGUGAUUCUGUGUGCGUGUGCGCAGAGGGGUACUAUGAGCGGCAAAGGGGGGAGUGCAGGAAGAUUGGAAGAGCUGUUGGUGAUGGUUGUGUAAUAGACUCAGACUGUCAGUUCACUGGAGGCACAUGCGACAUUGAAACGUUUUCUUGUGUUGAUAGUAGUGCGCCGCAAACCGUUCCACAAUCGAACAUUCUAGAACACCGUUCGAUCGAUCUGGAACAUUCGAUGACGGAUCGCGAAGUGCAAGCGGUACACGAUACGCCGUGCAACACAGCUGACGAAUGCGCGUCGCCGCAGCUGUGCGUUUCUGGUGUUUGCGUUUGCCCUGUUGGCUUUUAUAUGCAUGGAAAUAGGUGUUAUGCAGAAUUAGGAACACCAUCGACUCCUGAGCAAUGUGGCGGUCUUUUAGCCACUGUAAUAGACGGCCGAUGUGUGUGUCCAUCUAAUUUCUUUUAUAACGUCAACAUGCGAGAUUGCAUCAAAGUAACACGCCGCAUCACCGACUCCUGCGUUAUCGAUGCCAAUUGCCACACAUUCGGCGCGGAGUCCCGCUGCGGGGCCCCACAGCAGCCCUGGGGAUUCCGCACUUGCGAGUGUGUGAGCGAGAACGCCGUGUGGGACAGCAACAGGAACAUGUGCAGGCUGUACGCUGGUGUUGGCGAGACGUGCGUCAUAGACAGCGACUGUAUGGCCGGUGAGGUUGAGAUCAAUUGUGUGGAAGACGAGCAAGGCGUCGGAUACUGCAGGUGUCCUGCUCACUUGACUGAACUUAAUGGGCUGUGUCUGAACUUGGGCCUCGACUUGGGUGAAAGUUGCCAGUCGAGUUUGGAAUGCACGGCCACGGCGAACACGGCUUGUGUGAGCGGCAAGUGCAGCUGCUCUGACGGCUUCCAGCAGGAGGGUGGCCAGUGUGCGCCCGUGAUCGGUGGUCCGUGUACACAAGAUACGGAUUGUGUAAUAGAUAAUACAAUUUGUAAGGAGGAUGGUGAUGAUUCGACGUGUCAGUGUGAUCAGCGUUAUGUCGCCUAUGACCAACAGUGUUGGUCUGUAUCGCCAGGUUUCAACUCGUCUUGUACAAUAACACCGCAGUGCACCGCGUCUAUGGGAGAUGCGGGUAGUUGCGUGAGUGGUUCUUGUAUGUGUGCUACUGGAUACCACUUUAGGGACAAUCAGUGCUGGCCUAUUACUGGUUUAUUCCAAACAUGUUCUAGAAGUAGUGAAUGUUACUUGCAAGGAAUGAGCGAUGUAGUUGUUUGUCGUAACGGUAGAUGUCAAUGCGACUUUGACUAUCCGUAUUCUGAGGAAUUGCAGACUUGCGUGUCAUCAGCGUCCACUAUUACGGCCAGUAUCUUCAUGAUUCUAGCGGCUGUGUUAACCUUUAUGAAAAAUUAAUGUAUUUU